UACCAGGUCCAGUGUUCAGAGGAGAGGCAUUCUCAUAUCACUUGUUAGUGCCUUAUAGUCUAAUAGUUUAAGUUAGUGCAUUUUCAUCCCGAGUCGGUGUAAAAGAUGACUCAUUACGAAGUAGUAAAUGUGCGCGGAUAUGCUGAAUUCUGCCAGGCUGUGUCUGAGAGAAAAGGAAAGGAUAUUUAUGCUUAUUUCUCUGGUGAUAAAGACGCCCAAGGAAAAAGCUGGUGUCCAGAUUGCGUGACAGCGGAGCCAGUCGUUAAAGGACAGAUGAGUCAUCUUCCUGAGGGCUCUGUCUUCAUCUACUGUCAAGUUGGAGAAAGGGCUUAUUGGAAGGAUUCAAGCAAUGAGUUCAAGAAGGUACUGAAGUUGAGUGGCGUUCCCACUCUGCUGCGAUACGGCACACCUCAGAAGUUGGUGGAGGAAGAAUGCUUCAAAGCAGACCUGGUGAGGAUGAUGUUCACUGAGGACUGAGGGAUCCUGCCAUUUCACAUCAGUCCUUUCAUCAUGACUUCACUGUCA